CCCUUCUUUCGGCGUUCCCUGUGCCCUGUGUAAUAGAGAGAGACAUAAAGAAUCCUCUGCUGUCUUCUUCACUUCACAAAGAAAACCCUCUCUGUUUCUCUCACGAUCGCCAUGGAUGAAGAGUACGAUGUGAUUGUGCUUGGAACUGGCCUCAAAGAGUGCAUCCUCAGUGGCCUUCUCUCUGUUGAUGGCCUCAAGGUUCUUCAUAUGGAUAGGAAUGACUAUUAUGGAGGGGAAUCAACUUCCCUCAAUCUUGUCCAGCUCUGGAAAAGGUUUAGGGGGAGUGACAAGCCACCAGCUCAUUUAGGUUCCAACAGAGAUUACAAUGUUGACAUGAUACCAAAGUUCAUGAUGGCAAAUGGUACAUUGGUUCGUGUACUUAUCCAUACCGAUGUUACAAAGUAUCUGUCGUUUAAAGCUGUAGAUGGAAGCUUUGUCUUCAAUAAAGGGAAGGUUCACAAGGUCCCUGCAACUGAUAUGGAGGCACUAAAGUCUCCAUUGAUGGGUUUAUUUGAGAAGCGGAGAGCAAGAAAAUUCUUCAUAUAUGUCCAAGAUUAUAAUGAAACAGACCCAAGAACUCAUGAAGGAUUGGACCUCACACGAGUGACUACUAGAGAACUGAUUUCGAAAUAUGGUUUGGAUGACAACACAGUGGACUUUAUUGGUCAUGCAUUAGCACUCCACAGAGAUGACAGAUAUCUGGAUGAACCUGCUGUUGAUACUGUAAAAAGGAUGAAGCUCUAUGCUGAAUCUCUAGCACGUUUUCAAGGAGGGUCACCUUACAUAUAUCCUUUGUAUGGUUUGGGAGAGCUUCCACAAGCAUUUGCACGUCUCAGUGCUGUUUAUGGUGGGACAUACAUGUUGAACAAACCAGAGUGCAAGGUUGAAUUCAAUGAAGUAGGACAAGUUUGUGGUGUGACAUCAGAAGGUGAAACAGCCAAAUGCAAGAAAGUUGUCUGUGACCCUUCUUACUUACCAAACAAGGUUAGGAAGAUCGGAAAGGUUGCAAGGGCUAUUGCUAUUAUGAGUCAUCCCAUUCCAAACACCAGUGACUCUCAAUCUGUUCAGGUUAUACUGCCCCAGAAGCAACUCGGACGCAAGUCAGACAUGUACCUCUUUUGUUGUUCUUAUUCCCACAAUGUUGCCCCGAGAGGAAAAUUCAUCGCAUUUGUAUCAACAGAAGCUGAGACUGAUCACCCUGAAACAGAACUGAAACCUGGGAUUGAUCUUCUCGGGCCAGUAGAUGAGAUAUUUUUUGAUACUUAUGACAGAUUUGUGCCUGUUAAUGAACCCUCACUGGACAACUGUUUCAUCUCAACCAGUUAUGAUGCUACAACACAUUUCGAGUCAACUGUGACAGAUGUUCUAGCUAUGUAUAAGAUGAUCACUGGAAAGGAUGUUGAUCUUAGUGUGGAUUUGAGUGCUGCCAGUGCCGCUGAAGAAUGAGUUGUACCAUGUGAAAGGGUAACAAGGGUCUCAAUCUUAAUUUCAGCCUCGCCCUUAGUUUAUUCGGACUAUUUUAAGGAAUGCAGUGUUUUAUGCUCUGUAAUGGUUCUAUGAAAAUGAGACUAUAUGUUUGCAGAUCGUUGCAUAUCCAGUUCCAUGAAAACUAUGAUGCUUUUAUAAUUAACCUUGUUUUCUGAUAAUUAACUUUGUUCCUUAAGUUCUGCAA